AUGACUGACAGAAAGGUUCUCACUUCUGUCAUAGAAAUUGAUACUCAUAUCUACUGCUUUCAAGACUGCCGUUUUGAGGCCUUCUUUAAGCGUAAAAUUUUAGUUUCACUAGGGGCCAUCAUUGACAGUGCUCUAAAUCUUGUACGUCCAAUGAUCGAUACAUCAAAACCGCUUCAAGAUGACACUAAAAUUCCAAAACAGUUAAGUGAGGAAACGGUAUCGUAUCGCGACGCCGAAAUUCUUGGUUCUCCUCGCUAUUCGUCACUGCAGGAUGUACCAAUCUGUAGAGGAAAUUCAGCAAUUUGCAGCUUUAUUUCCUGUACAGCUCGAAAUUUCAAGAAUGACCAGUCUUUUGCAAAUCUUAAUCUAGCAGCUCAGGUUUUGGCAGACAAAAAACUGCGUAAAGGGAUUAGCAGGGAUCCGGAUGCACUGUUGGCCGUCUGUCAUGAACAGGGACUUAGUAAAGCGGAAUGCAAAUUGUUUGCUAAAGGAUUUCAGCUAGUAGACAAGUUGUUCACAACAAUAGAAUCAAAAGACACCACUGAUUACGACACUCAGCCUUCUACACAAGAAAAUCCCUUAGAAGAGGCAGCAGAUGCACCGCCAAUCCCCAUCCGACCUCAGGAUCCGGCAACAAUGGGUUCAAGGACUUGGUCUUCACAUAUGAAACCAAUUGAACCGGUCGCUAAAGUGCAACCGACAUCUUUUGGAAACCUUCCAACCCUACCACCUUUGCUGUUCACGCUACCAACUUUACCAACUUUACCUCCACUAAUUCCUGCCAAUCAUUUGAUGAAGGAUUCAGGCUCCCCUAUGGAACCCUCAAAACAUGCGGAGAGCGAUAGCUUCUAUUCUUCGUUUAGACCACCGUUAAAUAUGUUUACAAACCGUUUUCAACGUUCAAUCAGUUCUGAUGACUUUGUGGAAUUUGACGAUGAAAAUGGCCAACCAGUACGCGAAAAGCGAUCAGAUUACUACGAUCAAGCAGAAAAAGAAACAAUAAAUGAAAACUUAAAUAGCGGUUUUUUGUCAAGACACGGUGAAAGUAGAUUAUCAGAUGACUCAGAAGUAGGAGAAUACAGGUCCAAGACAGCGAAUUUCAACCGAUUGUCACAAGUUCCUAACGAAAGCUACAGAAAACAAAGUUCAUAUGAAAAUUGUUUCAAAUACUUGGACCGAACAGAGAUACGGCUUUUUACUUAA